AUGGCCGGAGAUCCCAGGGAAUAUGAGGAAGAAGACGAUGAUGUGUUGAAGGGAGAAGAGGCGUUCAAAAAGACCAAGGUGCCGCCAUGGCAGAAGCAGAUAACGUUGAGGUGUUUGGUGACGAGUUUUUUGCUGAGCAUCGUCUUCAACUUCAUUGUCUGCAAACUCAACCUCACCACCGGCGUCAUUCCAUCCCUCAAUGUCGCCGCCGGCUUGUUAGGUUUCGCCGUCUUGAAGUCCUACACUGCGCUUCUCUCCAAGUUCGGCCUCCUCAAACAGCCCUUCACUCGCCAAGAGAACACUGUUAUCCAGACCUGCGUCGUUGCCUCCUCCGGCAUCGCCUUUAGCGGUGGCACUGCAAGUUACUUACUUGGGAUGAGUCCAUAUAUUGCGGCUCAAGGAGGCGCGGCACAGAGUACCCCAAUCAAUACAAAGACUCUCAGCCUUGGUUGGAUGUUUGGUUUCCUCUUUGCCGUUAGCUUUGUUGGCUUGUUCUCUAUUGUCCCGCUAAGAAAGAUGAUGAUUUUGAAGUACAAGCUCACGUAUCCAAGUGGAACCGCUACAGCUCUUCUUAUCAAUAGCUUCCACACUCCAAAAGGAGCAAGGCUAGCAAAGAAACAAGUCUCUCUGCUCUUCAAAAGCUUUUGUGGCAGCUUUCUUUUUGCUUUCUUCCAGUGGUUUUUUGCCACGGCUGACGAAUGUGGAUUUUCCAGUUUCCCGACAUUUGGUCUCCAAGCAUAUAAGCAAAAGUUCUACUUUGAUUUCUCAUCUACUUAUGUGGGUGUUGGAAUGAUCUGCCCUUACAUCAUCAACGUAUCUUUGGUCAUUGGAUCCAUAAUCUCAUGGGGUAUUAUGUGGCCCUGGAUUGAGCACAAGAAAGGAAUCUGGUAUAGCGCGGAUCUACCGGCUUCUAGUCUGCAUGGCCUCCAAGGAUACAAGGUAUUUGUAGCAAUUGCCAUGAUACUUGGAGAUGGUAUUUACCAUUGUGUCUACAUGCUAACCCAAACAGGGUGCAGCCUUGUAGCACAGUUCACAAAGAAGAAAGUGUCAUCUUCACCGCAGGGAGGAAACGGUGAUUCUGAAAAUGAAGACAACGACGACAGGAUUCGAAAAGAUUACUUCUUGAGAGACCAGAUUCCCAUGUGGGUUGCUUGCACUGGUUAUGCAGUGCUUGCGAUUGUAUCCAUUGUAGCAGUGUCGCACAUCUUCCCCCAACUGAAAUGGUACCAUAUACUUGUGGCCUAUCUGAUAGCUCCAGUUCUGGCCUUCUGCAACGCCUAUGGGUGCGGUCUCACUGACUGGUCUCUAGCCUCUAACUACGGCAAGAUUGCCAUCCUCAUCUUCAGUGGUUGGGUUGGCCUUGACAAGGGUGGUGUAAUUGCUGGCCUUGCCUCUUGCGGUGUCAUGAUGAGCAUUGUUUCUACAGCUUCUGAUCUCAUGCAGGACUUCAAAACUGGCUAUCUCACGCUCGCUUCUCCUCGCUCCAUGUUCUUCAGCCAAGUAAUAGGCACGGCCAUGGGUUGCUUUGCUACACCUCUGGUUUUCUGGUUUUUCUACAAAGCCUAUAACAUCGGGGACCCGAAUGGGUCCUACCCUGCACCCUUUGGGCAAGUGUACCGCGGGAUUUCCCUUCUCGGAGUAGAGGGUUUCUCUUCCCUUCCUAAGAACUGCCUUAAACUCGCUAUAAUGUUCUUCUUUCUUGCCAUUCUCAUAAACAUAAUACAUGAUCUGUUGAGGCGUUACGAGUCCAAGUACAGGAUACACAGGCUUGUUCCAAAUGCCAUGAGCUUGGCCAUCCCAUUUUACCUCGGUGGUUACUUUGCCAUUGACAUGUGCGUUGGGAGCUUGAUCCUCUUCUUGUGGGAGAGGAAGAACAAGCAGAAGGCAAGAGAUUUUGGUCCCGCCUUGGCUUCAGGACUCAUCUGUGGCGAAUCUCUGUGGGGUAUUCCUGCGGCUAUCCUGGCACUGGCUGGAGUGAAGGCUCCUAUUUGCAUGAAGUUUCUCUCUGCCCCUGUCAAUGGCAGAGUUCAGGCCUUCUUAGAUGGUGCUCGCUAGGCCUAGGAGGUUAUCAUGUUUUCAGCUUCCAACUCAAGGCUGCUUAAUCCUUUUCCAUUUUUAUGGCUUUAUAGCUUUGUUUUAUAUUGACUUGAUACUAGGAGUUUAUU